UUUUUGAAAUACUCUAAUAUUUCAUUCACAGUACAAAUAUUAUAACUCAAAGCUUAACGCUUUUAAAUUAUUUUUAUAAAUAUUAUUUAUCUUCUGCAUACGCGCGCAGUCAUUAAUUGCUUUUUUUUUUUUGUUUACUUCAUUCUUCGAGCUCCCGAAUUCAACCCGGUCGGGAAAAUGGAUUUCUAUUAAGUUUAAUUUUUUUUUGAAAGAUCUGUUAAGUUUAUUUUAGAACUCUUUCAAGACACAAGCACAACCAAUCCAUCGUCCAGAUCUGAUCUGAAAUCUGAAUACAUCGGUUAGAACUGAUGGGAUCCGGUGGGAGCAAGGGUUCUUGCAGGGGAGGAGCUUCCUCGUCGAGUGGUGGGAGGAAGGGAAGAUCUAUUGGAAAGAAUAGAGUUUUCCAAUCCUCUUGCCUGGGAGCGCCUUCUGGAUCUGCUGACUCCCACUUUGACCGUCAGGUGGUUGUUGUUGAUCACCAUAAUAAAGACUACGGCUCUAAUUUCGCCAACCAGAACAGGAGCGAACGGGAAUCUGAGUCGGAUCAAGAGAAAAGAAAAUGUUCCAGAAAGGUUAAAGCUGAAUCGGCAUCUGGUUAUGAAAUGCCACUGCCAUGCAUAUCUUCCAAUGGUGUAGAUAUAGAUACCUCGAGAAGUGGUAGCAGCUCUGGCAGAGCCACCACAGCAGUGCAUCACUCUCCUUCUCGCUGCCUCUCUGGCUUUAGCUUCUUUCCGGGUAACAUUAGCUUCAGAUUAAGCAGAGCUAAUAGUUUGGGUUCGUCUAGGGCAUAUCCUGUUUCUCCUACAAGUCUUACAAUAUUGAACCGUGAUGACAACUCCGAGACACUUGAACAUCGACAAUUUUCCCCAAAUUCUUCUUCUAUAAACUUAUAUUCUCCCUUAACCUUCAAUGAUUCAGACACAGAUAGGGAGAGGGAUAGACGUGUUGGAGUUGGAAGUCGAGAAUCUGUUGAAAGGAAUGUUCGUUUUAGCAGAACAUUAAGUGUUGGAAGGCUUCGUGACCGUGUUCUUCGCAGACCUUCCUUAUCUAAUUUCACAUUGUGCCCUUUACAACAAAAUGGUCAAGUCGGCAGUCAAACUCACGCAUUUAGAGGAGACAGGGACACGAGACAAUUUACUACCUCACGUUCCACAUCUACUUCCGUUUCCGGCUCCGCUCAUACUACCACCGUUAUAUCCCACACCCCCGUUUUUAACAUUCUGGGCCAUGAAGUUGAAACUUCACAAUCUAGAGAAGCCAGGUAUCAUGAUUUACUCGAGCACAGAUCCAAUUUCCUUGAAAGGAGGAGAAGAAUACGAUCUCAGGUUCGAGCUCUUCGACGGCUAGGAAGCCAUUUUGAGAACUCUGGACAUGAAAGGUCUUGUAUUUUAUCUGGUCUACAUAGAACUGGUGGCUGCACAUGUCGUGUAAAUAAUCGAGAUUCCAAUUCAAAUGAUGAGACAAGUGCUAGCGCUAGUCUAUCCAGAAUCGUUAUGUUAGCUGAAGCUUUAUUUGAGGUUCUGGAUGAAAUCCACCAGCAGUCUGUGGUUUUAUCUUCUCGACCUUCUGUAUCUUCAAUUGGAUCUGUUCCUGCACCUAAUGAAGUUGUGGAAUUGCUUCCUGUCAAAAUUUAUAACAAGUCACACAAACUUCAUAAUGAUGAGGCUGGACAAUGUUACAUAUGCCUUUUGGAGUAUGAAGAGGGAGAUAGCAUGCGGAUAUUGCCUUGUAACCAUGAAUUCCACAGAACUUGUAUAGACAAGUGGCUCAAGGAGGUUCACAGGGUGUGCCCUAUUUGUCGUGGGGAUAUUUGCAGACAUGAUUUGUUGGCUGUGAACUAGAGCUUGCAGUUUUACUCCAUACUUCCCGAUGAGCAUUGCGAGCCAUGUAAAUAGCAAGUUUUAAACCAUGUUGACAAAAUGGAAGAAUGCAUUAGGAAGCUUUGAUCGUACUGUUUUAUGGAAGAGAGUAGAAUUGAUAAUCUGUGAGUCAUCACUUUUGGAAGGAAAAAAAUGAAAUGUGCUGAAAUUCCAAUUUGUAAUGUCCUUGGGCAGAACUCAGCCCGAAGGGGGGGGGGGUGGUAAUUGUUAUUGGGGAGGGAGGGAGGAGGGACUAUUAUCGUACUGUUUUAUGGUAGGUUCUAUUUAUUACAUAGAUAGCAAGAAAUUGUGUAAUAUGAUAAUAUAUUAUAAUUGAUGUUAAAAUACAUUGUGAGGGGUAAUAUAUUUUGUCAUAAUAUAAAAAUCUUACGAGAAAUUAUCAAAUACAUUAAGAAAA